CCUCAGCGGGUGCGGCUCCCCCAGAGAGGCUUUGGUGAGCUCCACAGAGCGCGGCUCGCUCGGCCGCCGGACAGCCACUCUGACAGAACAGAGACGUAGCUCGGCGGCCGCACGGUCUGCGCCCCCCGAAGAUGCAGAGGCUCACGGUGCUGCUCGCCGCGGUGGGCGCCUGCCUGGGUCUGCUGGGGGCAGCGACGGGGGGCGCCAGCCCCGCGCCGCUGGACCCUCCCGGCAUGCAGCCCACCCACCAGCGCCAGAAGCGAGACUGGAUCUGGAACCAGCUGUACAUUGACGAGGAGAGAAACGAUUCGCUGCCUCACUACGUGGGCAAGGUCAAGUCCAGCGUGAACCACAAGAACGCCUGGUACCUGCUCAAGGGCGACUACGCCGAUAAGGUCUUCAAGGUCGAUAAGGAAACUGGCAACGUGUUCGCCCAUGAGAGACUGGACCGGGAGAAAAUCCCCGAGUACCACCUCACCGCCCUCGUGGUGAACAAGAUGACCAACGAGUACCUGGAGUCCCCUUCCAGCUUCACCGUCAAAGUGCACGACAUCAACGACAACUGGCCUGUGUUCACGCACCGGCUGUUCAACGCGUCUGUGCCAGAGAUGUCGCCUACAGGGACCUCGGUCAUAAAGGUGACAGCCUUCGAUGCAGAUGACCCCACGGUCACAGACCAUGCCUCUGUCAUGUACCAACUCCUGAAGGGACAAGAACAUUUCAAUAUCAAUAAUGACGGAGUCAUUUACACGACAACCAAUGACUUGGAUCGAGAGACGAAGGCCAGGUAUGAGGUCGUGGUGGAAGCACGAGAUGGCCAAGGUCUCCAUGGGGAGUCGAGCACCACCACCGUGCUGGUCACGCUGCAGGACAUCAACGACAACGUCCCCUACUUCACCCAGUCCAAGUACACAUUUUCGGUGCCUGAAAACAUCCACGUCGGCACCUCCCUGGGUUCUCUGUGUGUUGAGGACCCGGAUGAGCCCCAGCACCGGGAGACCAAGUACAGCAUCGUGCAGGGCGAGUACCGGGACACCUUCACCAUAGAGACGGACACCGCCCACAACGAGGGCAUCAUCAAGCCCAUAAAGCCCCUGGACUUUGAACGCAUUCAACAAUACAGCUUCACCAUCGAGGCCACAGACCCCACCAUCAACACCCGCUACUGGCACGCCAACCCCACCAGAAACAUGGCCCGAGUCAUCAUCAACGUCACAGAUGUGGACGAGCCCCCCAACUUCCAGCAGCCCUUCUACCACUUCCAGCUGCUGGAGAACCAGAAGAAACCUUUCAUCGGCUCCGUGCUGGCCACAGACCCUGACGCUGCUCGGCGAAGCAUCGGAUACUCCAUCCGCAGGACCAGUGACAAGGGCUACUUCUUCAGAAUAACCAAACAAGGGAACAUUCACAAUGAGAAGGAACUGGACAGAGAAAUGUACCCCUGGUACAAUCUGACUGUAGAGGCCAAAGAACUGGAUUCUCGCGGGAACCCCACGGGCAAAGAAUCCAUUGUGCAAGUCCACAUUGAAAUUCUGGAUGUGAACGACAAUGCUCCUGAGUUUGCCCAGCCCUACGAGCCCAAAGUCUGUGAGAACUCCCCCCAGGGCAAGCUGAUCAUGCGAAUCUCCGCAAUAGACAAGGACAUAACGCCACAAAACAUGAAGUUCAGGUUCUCCCUGGGCACUGAGGACAGCAACUUCACCCUCAAGGACAAUCACGAUAACACAGCCAACAUCACGGUCAAGUACGGACAGUUUGACCGGGAACGUACCAAGUUCCACUUCCUGCCGGUGCUCAUCUCCGACAAUGGGAAGCCGAGCCUCACCAGCACCAACACGCUGACCGUGGCCGUCUGCAAGUGCAAUGACUAUGGCGAGUUCACCUUCUGUGAAGAGGCGUCCGCCCGGGCGGGCAUCGGCAUCCCGGCUCUGGUGGCCAUCUUCCUCUGCAUCCUCACCAUCACAGUAAUCACCAUGCUCCUCUUCCUGUGGCGGCGGAUCCGGAAGCAGGCCCGCGCGCACGGCAAGAACGUGCUGGAGAUCCACGAGCAACUGGUCACCUACGACGAGGAGGGUGGCGGCGAGAUGGACACCACGAGCUACGACGUGUCGGUGCUCAACUCGGUGCGCCACGGCAGGGCCAAGCCCCCGCGGCCGGCGCUGGACACGAGGCCAGCGCUGUAUGCCCAGGUGCAGAAGCCACCGCGCCUUCCACCAGGGAUGCACGGAGGGCCCGGAGAGAUGGCCACCAUGAUCGAGGUGAAGAAGGAGGAGGCGGACCUCGACGAGGGCGGCCCGCCCUACGACACCACGCACGUGUACGGCUACGAGGGUUCUGAGUCCAUAGCGGAGUCCCUCAGCUCCCUGGGCACCGAUUCGUCCGACUCGGACGUCGAUUAUGACUUCCUCAACGAUUGGGGGCCCCGGUUCAAGAUGCUGGCGGAGCUGUAUGGCUCAGACCCCCGGGGGGAGCUGGUGUAUUAGGGGCCCAAGGGUCUCUAGGCCUGAGGACCCAAAUCAAUGCAACUCAGGCCGGUGGGUCAGCAGGAAGUAAGUCCUGGGGUGGCAGCACUGAAGCCCCAGCCCAGCUCCCCUUCCUCCCACGCCCCAGAGGCCACACCAACUUGGGUGGCGGCAGCAGCAUCAGAGGCACCCCGGGAACAGAGAGUGCCUGCAUUAAGGAUUUCAGAGACGCUUGCUACAGGAGAGUUUGGAGAAGAGAUAGUCCACUCCCCUUCCCUCUGGGAGCUCCGUGUAGAUAACUCUAGCUCCCUGAAACAUCCAGGACCUUGUGCCUGUGACCGCUAACCCAAAGCUGCUGGAAAAUCCAGGCUGGUGUUGUCUGGGCUGGGGCAGGCCUGUAGUCCUGCAGCCUGGCCCACAGGUCUAACCUGGGACUCUGGACCUCAAAGCAGCUUUGAUCAACUGACUGAGACCGUCGUCCCUGGGGGUCCCUGAACUCAGAGAGCCUGGUACUGCAGGCAAAGUGUUGGGGUGAGGGGGGCAGGGAAGCAAGGGUGAAGCAGGGCAUGGUAGCACAGUCCCAAGGGAAGCAGGCCAUCCAUCACCCCCUCCUGCUUCAGUGUCACAACUUCACGCCUUCCCAAGUUCCCCACCACUGUCCAGCCAGCCCCUCCCCAGGUCUCUCGAAAGGAAGGAAGGGACCCUUGGCCAUUCCUGGCUUUGGGUGCUGGGGUGACUUCACUGGUCUUCGCUGGCAUUGAAAACCCCACCAAAGUCAGGGAAAUGGCUUGUUGAACUUUAAGCAACUGUGAAUUCAUCCUGGAGGGAGACCAGAUCGCAGGGCAAGGGCUACCUCCAAACCCAUAACCUCUGGGGAGUAUUUGGAGUAGCUGUGACCCCAGUUUGAUCAUCAACACCCCUCCAUUUGUUCCCGAAAGGGGCAGAUGUUCCCAGAGCAGACCCUCCCCCAUCUCUGCGAGUGUUCCCUCUGUCAUUCUUUCUUCCCCCCGACUCCAACUUACUUCUGAUUUCCUGGCUUUGCUGACUUUGAGGCACUCCAGAUAUGACUCACAGCAACUCUGACCAUUGUGCAGACCCCAAAUCACUACGCAGUGGGGCCGUGUCAUUUGCCUCCACACCUCGUUGCUGCCACAUCUCAGGGAACCCCAGCAGAACCCUCAGGCCCUGCGGAAGGCAAGGCCCCUGCCCAACCUUUGUGGUCAUCUCUGGAUCUCCCAAAAUGGGAAUGAAGCAAACACUCAUUCACCCACCCUUCUUCAUGGAUGGAGGUUCCCACUCCGGGGAGACCCCUCACACUCCAGGGGACUGUAGAGAACACUAACUUUAAAAACCAAACUAAUAUUUCAUAUUUUUUUUUUACUAAUAACACUUACAAGUUUCUAGUGCACACAAACAUAUAGAAAAGGGGUUUUUACAUAAUAAAUUGAUUGCUAUUUAGGUUUUUAUUUUAAUUCAGGUUUUUUAGUUGGAUUAUCUGAUUCUUGUAACCUUCUAUUUCCUAUCAUUAUAGUAACCAUUCUAGAAAUGAUGCCUCUCUGUCGCGCUACGUAUAUAUAUCUAUUGGCCACACUGGUGCAUAGGAUGUACUGUAUUUUUUUUAUACCAAAUAAAGAAAAUCUUUCAAUUCUCCCAUAUCUAAAGCCGAGAGAGUUCACGUGCACAAAGACAGGAACUCCAUGACAUCACCCAGCCUCUAUACAUGCCCCCAAGCCCACCCCCACCCUACACAACCCAGCAGGACCUCUGAAAUGUGCAGCCACAACAGCAUUUCCAUUUGGUAAGUGAAUGGGGAAGGGGGUGCUUUAAAAGCCCCACAGGGAGGAGGGGGUCACCCCCAAUUAGCUGGUUGACAGCAGGCAUUCAGCACUGGCAUUUUAUUGUGGCAUGUAGAUGCCAACCUUGGAAUCCUACCUGGAAAAUCUCACAACCAAAAAAGGAGGAUGCUUCGGUGUCAGACUUAGGUCUGUAUGGAGGAGGGAGACAAGGUCCCUAUUACUUGAGCCAGCAGGUUCCAUGGGAAGAGUCCCCGUGGGUGAUUGUACUCUGCAUAAACAUUACU